CUUUUGUCCUUCUAACUCACAUGACUUCCCCCUGCCCCCCAUCUGUCUUCCAAGUUCUUUUCGUUCUGUACUGCUAUGGGAUACUGAUUUCUAUUCAUCUAGAGCUCUCACAGUUCCUCCCAUCCCUUUCACAGGUGACUGGUCAGGCCUCCAGGCCCUGCCUCUGGACCAGGCAGUGUAGAAGGAAGCAUUUGCUGGGAAACAAUGACCAGGACCCAAAAGGGAAAGACCAUUCUCCCCCACCGUCUCCAUCAGCCUUUCCCCCCACGGCUGGGAUGGGGCAUGAUUUUCUACUUAAAACCAAGAGGCAAGGAGGAGUGCACCUCCGUCUCCGGCGAGCUGCCAGCCUUUCACUUCAGCCCACAGCACUGUGCACACCUCAAGAACCAAUAUUUGAAAAACGCUGCUUCAAACCUUACCUUCUCUCAGGAGGUGGUGUGGCAGCGGGGGCUGCCCAGCAUUCCUUACAGCCAAUACCGCUUUGACCAUCUCUACAAUGCAGACAACAUUAUCCAGCCUUUCCACAUCAGGAAGACCCGACCUGAGAAACCUGUCAGCUUCAAGGUCUUAGAUUCUUCAGGUCCCUCAGCAAGGAUCACCUCCACAGCUGUCAAGACAGACAGUUCUGCCAAUCUAAUGAAGCUGAAGAAAUCAAAGUCAGCACGCGCAGUCCGGGAAACAACACGUCCUCUCAUCCUUCGUCCCUGCAGGGAUCCAGAUAUGUUGAGUCUGUCGCUUUCUCCAGAUGUGAGCCUGGAGGAGAGGGAAACCUGGCUUCCCCCUUCUGAGAAGGAGGCCAGAGUCUGGGAGGCCAUCGUGCUGGAAAAGCUGAACAAGCGCACGGCCCGGUGGAUCCAGAACAAGCGUCCGCUAAGGCCUGGGGCGUCCCCCAACAAGUGGCAGAGCUUCUUGCACCAGCAAUACGACUGGAGCCACAUCCGGGAUGAGCUCACUUCCGCCAGUGACCUGGAGCUCCUGAAACAGCUGGAGGAAGAAGAGAUUGCAGAUUUAGAGCAUCCAAGUGUCAUCCUGCCCACUCAGGAAAAAAAGAAGCCAGAGCUGCUGCUUUCUGCUUAUUAUAGAUGUACAGCUUGCAGGCCUGUGAAAGGAGCCUUCCGCUGGACUGGUUUGCCCACCCUGGCCAAGGAUGCGCUGCUGCAGGUGGGUGGGGAGGAUGUGCCUAGUAAGAGCAGGAAACUGAAGACGCAGGCAGAAUCACUGAAGGAAGAUGCAGCUUGGAAACUGGCGGUCCUGCGGAGGGUGCUACAGGAAUGGAAGACUGCCUGGGGUCUAAUCAUCGAGUGGCACCAUGAGACAAUAGAGGGUCUGUUGCGGAGCUUGGCGGACAUGCAUGAUGACAUUCGGAUCCAAGCCAUUGUCACAUGUGCCACAGCUGCUUUAGAACGGCCCCGGAUUGCCAUCAGCGAGGGGGACUCAGCCCCACCGAUCCAGGACUUGCCAGAGGUCCUACAGCCCGCCCUGGAGGCUGCUCUUUGUGACAAGAAUAUCAAUGUGCAGAUAGCAGCCGCGCUAUGCCAAUAUGCCCUACAGUCACAUAAUCCCCUUGCCCAGGACAUCAUGCAGACUGCCCUUUUGAAGGGUAAUAACGUGGAUAGCUGGGCUGCUGCUCAGUGCUUGGCUCUGGAAGGUACAGCCACUUACCCUGUGAUUAAGAAGAUCCUCCAUCAGAUGUUCAACAAGAAGGAUGAAGACACUGAGCAGCAGUCUUGUAUGCUCCUGAGCCAUCUCAGUGAGAAGGUAACCCUAAUACACACCAUGCUUGCUGUGGAGCUGAAUAGCCGUCAAUGGAAGGACCGGAUUAUGGCCUGCCGGGCUCUCUCGAGGAUCUGUGGAAACGUCUGUUUGGACAUAAAACGUAAGUUGAUCCAGUUGAUGUGGAGUGACUGGAAUAAGAAAGUAAGACAAGCAGCUGCCCAAGCUCUGGGGCAAAUGAGUCUUGGGAAAGAGGUGCACGACAUAAUCAGAAUCAAGCUGGGUCAAGGAAAUUCCCAAGAGCGUGUGGAAGCCCUGUCCCUGAUUGGUGGGCUCAAGCUCAUGACCGCCAAGCUUCUCCCAAACUUCCUGAACUGCUUCUCUGAUGACUUCAUGGCAGUUCGGCGGGCAGCCUGUUUGGCAGCAGGUGCCCUGCAGAUCCGUAACACGAUGGUCCUUAAAUGCCUUCUGAAUCUGAUACAGAGAGAUCCUUACUGGAAAAUCAAGGCCUUUGCCAUUCGAGCUCUGGGACAGAUUGGCCAAGUGAGUCCCCAGCUGACAGAUCUCCUGCUCUGGGCUAUCCACUAUGAAAAGUCACCAGGUGUACGACUAGAAGCUUGCCGUAGCAUCCUAGCCCUCAAACUUCAAGGGGACCGGGUCAGGGAGACCUUCCUAGACGUGCUGCUCCUAGAAAACCAUGAUGCUGUUCUAAAGGAAAUUUACCAGGCAAUGAAGAUACUCAACAUAGAAGAUGAAGGAAACCAAGAAAUGGUUCAGGAGAUCAAGAACAGGAUUCAAACACUAAGCCAAAAGGACUUGCUAACGCAGAGAAUAUUCAAGAUUGAGUCAGAAAUAAGAAAAAUGAAGGAGACAACAAAACAUGUUUACUUGCAACCCAAAGAAGGGCAAAAACCACUGAAAUUCCACACUUUUCUUCAAGAAACUUUUCGGGAUGAGGUGGUGGUUCCUAGAAGACCAUCUGAGCUUUGUGACAUUGAAGCAGUCAUAAAGCCUGUGAGGACCCGCACACCGAAUCCCUGGUCACAGAGUCCAGUCCUCGGCCUGAAUACAAGAAGCAGAGGCCGCUCAUCACUUGUGAAAGAUCUACGCACCACCCGGGAAAAAAGGAUUGCAAUGGGACCAUUUGGAUCUGACAGCCCAGAUCUCCAGCCGGGUAAAUACUCGGAAGUUUUUUCCAGGGUCAUGUCCUCGUCCCUUAGAAAGAAAGGUGAUGAUUUCUAGGUUGAGCCCUUCCCUUGAUCCAAGACACAGGGCAGCA